GAAGAAAACAAGACAAACAUUGUGGAAAAAAUCGGGAAAACGCUAUGAAAACCCAGGAUUAACUGCAAAUAAUGGCUGUACAACUGGAUUCAACGGGGAAAGAUGACAAAAAUGACAUUAAAACGCACUUUGUGACGCGCGAAGGUGUCUACCGCAUCCUAAAUUUGUCAUCGGAGGAGCUGCUAAAUCCUCGGCCACGACCUGGUGUUGGCUACCAGUCGAAUCAUCAGAGUUCGCCACAAGUGCGUGUCAGUUUUGUGUCGUUGCCGCCGGCACCGGUGUCCGCAGCAGCGGCAGCGACAAGCGCCACGGGAGGCACGUUGUCGUCAUCGUCCCAGGCACCGCAGAAUUCCGUCACGGGUUCCACGAAUGCAGCAGCAGCAGCGACGACAAAUGGGCCGUCCUCACAGAUCGCGGAUACGGGCGGCGGUGGAAGUGCGACAAACGGGAGCAACAGUCAGGGAGGAGAUCGCAUUUGUUUCAACAUCGGCAAGGAAUUGUAUGUCUACUCCUUCAAAGGCAUACGAAAGCCCGCCGACCUAAAUAAGCCAAUUGAUAAGAAACUCUACAAAGGUACAAAUCCAUCGUGUCACGACUUCAACAGUCACACGGCGACGCUAGAUGGCGCGCCGCUUCUUGUGGGCUUCACCACGGGCCAAAUUCAGCUCGUGCAUCCGGGGCGUCGCGAACAAGGCAAACUCUUCAACGAGGAGCGGUUAAUUGAUAAAACGAAGGUCACGUGUUUAAAGUGGGUGCCGGGCUCGGCAAAUUUAUUUCUGGCGGCACACGCUUCGGGUCACCUGUACUUGUACAACGAGGAAUUCGCAUCGACGCCCGUCUCGCCGGCAUAUCAGCCCUUCAAGUGCGGCGACGGGUACAGCGUGAUGGUGUGCAAAAGCAAGUCGCCGCGCAAUCCGCUGUACAAAUGGUCGUUCGGGACCGAGAAUUACGCCAUAAAUGAGAUUUGCUUCUCGCCCUGCGGCCAAAAUCUCGCCAUUGUGUCGCAAGACGGGUUCUUGCGCGUUUUCCAGUACAACACGAUGGAGCUGAUUGGCAUCGCGCGUUCCUAUUUCGGCGGAUUUUUGUGCGUUUGCUGGAGUCCCGACGGCAAAUAUUUGGUUGUGGGCGGCGAGGAUGACUUGGUGACGGUUUUUUCGUUGCUCGAGAAGAAAGUCGUGGCACGCGGACAAGGACAUCGAUCAUGGGUCUCCGUUGUGGCAUUCGAUCCGUACACGACGUCGUACACAAAUUGGGAUGGACCCGAUUUUUCCGACGAUGAAAAUGCCGCCGUUAACGAUAGUGGGUACGUGAGUCGAAAUAACACGGAAAAUCACGGCAGAAAGAGAACGACAUCGGCACGGGAUAGUCUUGUGGCACCGGAAAAGACCGCAACGAGCUACCGAUUGGGCAGCGUGGGACAAGAUACGCAACUUUGCUUGUGGGACAUCACGGAUGACGUGUUGCGACAACCGCCGAUCGGGCAUCGGAAUCGCUUGAGCUCCUACGAACCCAUUGCGGCGGCAAUAAAUGGCGAACACGACGCCGUCCCGAUCAUCAAACCAGUGGCAAUAACGACAAUAGGGACACCGAGCGGCGGAACGAACAAAGAUCAGGUGGAUGCUUGUGCACCAUCCAGCGCAGCGGCAGCAGCGAGCAAAAGCAAAUUCUUAGCGAAUUGUACAAAUGUGGACAGUAGUGAUACAACAACAACUUUGUUAGGUAUUAGUAGUAAAACAAAUUCAUUAGUUAGUAAUUGUACUAGCAAUAGCGGUAACACUUCUAAAGAUGUGAAUAGAGCGCUUGACAAGUCGACGACGUCAAGUUUAGCAACAAAGGCGGAAAAUGCCGUCGGCACCACCAACGCAGGCUCUAAUAACAACAAUAAUAGUAGUAAUAGUUCUUCUUCAAACACUAAUAAUCAUUCGUCGUCGUCGUCACAUCAUCAUCACACAUCGGCAUUUAAUACGUUGACCCAAAAGUUGUCUAACUUUAGUUUUAGCAGUGAUAAGAACAACAGUGGAGGCAAAUCCCACUCGAAAAAACGCAACUUUUCACUAUCGAAAUCCAGUGGAAAUCACGCGAGCAACAGUAUCAACAGCAACGCUGCCACGACAAGUAAUCACCUGAAUGGCAACAAUAACGAUACUGGGCACCUCAAUUCGUCAUCCACAACAACAACAACUUUAAGCAAUAAUCAAAGUGAAGUGGGCGCCAAUGCCACAAAUUCAUUAACCAAAAGUAAUAAGUCAUCGACAUCGACGACAAAUUCCGUCAUGUCGGCAUCGAUCUACAGCACCUUUGACCCGAUGAAGCUGAUUGGGAGUUCCGCGUGUCCCCGUUUCGACGAGACGCCCGUACUAGAGCCACUCGUAUGCAAGAAAAUUGCGCACGAAAGACUGACUGCCCUUAUUUUUCGCGAGGAUUGUUUCAUAACCGCUUGCCAAGACGGAUUUAUCUACACGUGGGCACGACCAGGAUAUGGAUAUCAAAACAUGCAACAUAACCUACCAUCGAGCCCAACUGUCCAAGGGGGAACUGUAGUCUAAUUAUUUUUUUAAAAGGAAAAGACAAAAAAAAAUCAUUUUUUUUCGCAAAAGUGGCACACAAUAAUAAAAAUAUUACUCUAGACUUAUCUUUCUACCUAUCAACUUAUAUCGAUAAAUUUAAACAAAAAAAAAAAUAUUAAUGUGUGCACGAAAAUUGACGAAAAAAAAAUUUAUGAGAAUGGAAACGAUGCGAUGAUUGUCUACUCUAGUUGAAUUUAUAUUUUAACAAGAAGCAUGAAAAACACUAAAAAAAUAAAGCUCUGAAUUAUUUAUUAUAUUGAUUAGA